AUGGAAAGGAUGGUCCUGCACCGCCUACAGUGGACCACAGGGCCACUCCAUCCUGCAGUUCAUGCCUACACCAAAGGCACGGGCACCGCAGAAUGUCUUGCGACUCUCCUGGCCGCGACUGGACAGGGAAAAAGCACGGCUGUCUUUCUCGACCUUGAGAAGGCAUUUGAACUGGCAGACGAGUCCGUUAUCCUUGCUCUCCUAGCGGCAAAGGGUGUUAAGGGCCACCUACUGCGCUGGAUCCAAGACUAUCUCUCCGACAGAAAAGCCUCAGUCCGUUUUCAAGGCAAAACGUCCACCCUGCACCUUCAUGAACACGGGACUCCACAGGGAAGCGUGAUAAGCCCUUACCUUUUCAACACUCUUGUGGAGGCUCUUUUACACCUUCCCCUACCCAGAGACUGCAAGAUAAUUACCUAUGCUGACGACAUCACCCUCAUCUGCACCGGUCCCAAUCAUCGUUCACAGAGCCAGCGCUGCCUUACUCUUCUCGAUGGCAAGUGUCGUGAGCUUGGUCUCAAGCUCAACUUAAACAAAUCAAAGGCCAUGGCAUUCGGAGGAGCAAUCCCUGAUGCCCCUCUUACCACUGGAAUCGCGCAGGUGGGUUGGGUCGAGAGCCACCAAUACCUCGGCGUGUGGAUAGACAGGCACCUCACCCUCCGAAAACAGGUGGAAACACUCAAAGACAGGAUGCUCUCCAGAACCAACAUCCUGAAGGCCAUCGCCAGUAAUGCCUGUGGAGCCAGCUUCCGGGUGAAGCGCUCGUUUUUUACACACGCCAUAAGGUCGUUGGUGGACUACUCUGCCCCCUGUCUCACUGCAGCUUCCCCAGCCCUCAUUGAAACACUCGAUAAGGCACAGAAUCAGGCUCUCAGGGUCAUUCUGUCUGCCCCACGCUGGACCAAAGUUCUCAAUCUGCGGAUGGAAGCCCAGCUGGUGGCAAUCAAGCACCGAAUCCCCCAGCUUUCUGCCACCCUCAUCGGCAAAAUGGCUGCUUCUGCACGUCCCUACAUCGCUCCAGGAAAGGUCUUCUCCACUCUCGGACAAGACCCUCACCUCUUCCGUCACACAUGGGCCAGGGGCUCAGCAGCAGCUGUGACAUCAUGUGGAGUUGCAGACACCAUCAGAGAUAAAGGGCAAGACAGCCCCCACCCGGACUAUACACCAGCGCCUCCAUGGAGUCCCCCUUUAACCAUCUCAAGUGACUGGCUUUCCUUACCGAAGUCGUCCCUUCACCCUGCUGCCCUUAAGGCGGAGGCUCUCGGCCACCUAACACCUCUAACACACACACACGACACCAUCAUAUACACGGAUGGCUCUGUAGAUCAGGCCUCGGGAGCUGCGGGAGCGGCCCUCGUCACCGAAGGCACUACACUCCAGUGGCGUCUCUCUAGUGGCGCCUCCUCGACCCAAGCGGAACUCGCAGCCAUCAAAGGAGCCCUCCAACACCUACACACCACCACGGCACACAGCGCCCUUAUCGCCACGGACUCCAUGGCUGCCCUGCAAGCACUCCGUAACCCGUGGCCACAAGACAACGUGCGGCUGCUCACGAGCAUCCAUCACCUCGCCACGACCCUGUGUGGGAGGGCAAGGAGGAUCACUCUCACAUGGAUUCCGGGCCAUGCGGGUAUACGUGGGAAUGAUCUUGCUGAUGCUGCAGCUAAAGCCGCCACCACCAUCGCAGACCCGGAAAUCACUAUCUCACCCAGCAUGGCACAAGUCAAACGCACAAUCAGAGCCAACACAUUACGUCUCCAUAAAACACUCACGAAGAAGAAGCCGCCCGGGGCUCACCCUCUGCAAUCUGGUACGCCAGAGCCACUGAUUAUAAACCAACAGCACUUCCACCACACACAUCCUAAAGUCAGGGCUGAUGUUCACAGACUUCGCCUUGGCUACCCUUGCCUAUCAGCCCUGCAAGGACAGGUUCCACUCGCCUGCCAACACUGCGAAGCCCGAACAUCACACCCACUUCUCCACUACCUGCUUGAAUGCCCUGCCACUCUAUGUCUCAGAACACCAAGUCACCAAUACCCGGACAUUGAAGAUGAUGAUGCGGAGGAAGCUGCAGCACUCCUUGUUGCAGCAACACCGGCAAACAUUCUGGCCAAUGUGGUCGCAGAUGCUCCACCACCUUAA